AUGGCGGAUAUCGUGAAACAAAUCUUAGUGAGACCAAUCCAACUAGCCGACCAGAUAACCAAAGCAGCCGACGAAGCAUACUCAUUCCGACAAGAAUGUCUAGAGGUCAAAGCCAAAACAGAAAAACUCGCAGGUCUCCUCCGUCAAGCGGCACGUGCGAGCAACGACCUCUACGAACGUCCCACGCGUCGCAUCAUCGACGACACGGAGCAAGUCCUCUUCAAAGCCAUAGCCCUAGUCGAGAAAUGCCGCGCCACGGGGCUGAUGAAACGUCUCUUCACCAUCAUCCCCGCGGCUGCGUUUCGUAAGAUCACGAUGCAGUUGGAGAAUUCGCUCGGAGACGUCUCUUGGCUCCUCCGUGUCUCAGCUUCGGGUGAUGACCGUGACGACGAGUAUCUAGGUCUACCUCCUAUAGCUGCUAACGAGCCCAUCCUCUGUUUGAUUUGGGAACAAGUUGCGAAUCUCUUCACGGGGUCCCUCGACGAGCGAUCAGAUUCCGCGGCCUCCCUCGUGUCGUUGGCACGUGACAAUGACCGUUACGGGAGGUUGAUUAUAGAAGAAGGUGGCGUGCCUCCGUUGCUAAAACUUGCGAAAGAAGGGAAACUUGAGGGGCAAGAAAACGCGGCGCGUGCCAUUGGUUUAUUAGGUCGUGAUCCAGAGAGUGUUGAACAGAUUGUUAACGCGGGUGUUUGUCAAGUCUUUGCGAAGAUUCUCAAAGAAGGUCAUAUGAAAGUUCAGACCGUUGUUGCAUGGGCUGUUUCGGAGUUAGCAUCGAAUCAUCCCAAAUGUCAAGACCAUUUCGCUCAGAACAACAUCAUUCGUUUCUUAGUGAGCCAUCUCGCUUUCGAGACGGUUCAAGAGCAUAGCAAAUACGCUAUCGUGAGUAACAAGCAAACGUUGUCUUCUAUCCACACGGUCGUGAUGGCUAGUAACACAAAUCCAUCAGAUAAUAAGAAAGUGAGCCACGAGCAAGACGAGGCUCAAAGUAAUAUCAAUCAUCCUAUGAGUAACCAAACACCGAGCCAGAUGCAUAACAUUAUCACGAACACAUUAGCAAUGAAAGGUUCCGGUCCAGGUUCGGGUUCAGGUUCGGGUACUAACAAGAAUCAAACAAAACAGAGCAGUCAGCAUCAUACAAAAGGUGGGCCAACCCCUAGAGGGAACAAUCCAACACAUGUUUCUUUGAUGGGGACAAGCAUUAAAGGAAGAGAGUACGAGGAUCCAGCAACCAAAGCUCAGAUGAAAGCAAUGGCUGCAAGAGCGUUAUGGCAACUCUCAAGAGGGAAUCUCCAAAUAUGCAGAAGCAUAACAGAGUCAAGAGCAUUGCUAUGUUUCGCUGUUCUGUUAGAAAAAGGAGACGACGAAGUCAAGUCAUAUUCCGCGUUAGCAAUGAUGGAGAUCACUGACGUUGCUGAACAAUACUCAGAGCUUAGACGCUCUGCUUUCAAACCAACCUCUCCUGCCGCAAAAGCUGUGGUUGAACAGUUACUAAAAGUGAUCGAAAACGAGAUUCCGGAUCUUCUGAUCCCUUGUAUCAAAUCAAUAGGUAGUCUUUCAAGAACGUUCCGUGCAACGGAGACAAGAAUCAUCGCACCGCUUGUGAAGCUUCUUGAUGAAAGAGAAGCUGAGGUUUCGAUGGAAGCUGCAGUGGCGCUUAUCAAGUUCUCGUGUACUGAGAAUUUCUUGCGUGAUAAUCACUCUAAAGCGAUCAUAGCAGCAGGAGGUGCAAAGCAUUUGAUUCAGUUGGUUUACUUUGGAGAACAAAUGGUUCAAGUACCGGCUUUGGUACUAUUAUGUUACAUUGCAUUGAGUGUACCGGAUAGUGAGACUCUAGCGCAAGAAGAGGUUCUUGUAGUGCUUGAGUGGUCUACAAAACAAUCUCAUUUGGUGGAAGCACCAAUGAUUGAUGAGAUAUUACCAGAAGCUAAGAGUAGAUUGGAGCUUUAUCAAUCUAGAGGGUCGAGAGGAUUCCAUUGA